UCCGCGAAGGUGGACGCCCAACACCCACCUCCUCACGACCGACCUCACGCUCCCGGGAAGUGACUUCGCGCGCGGCCUCGAAGGAUUCUGAUUCUUAAAGUUGUGACGCAAAAUUUUGCUUCUUUUUUAUAAAUAGAAAGAAAAAAGAAAAUUCCAAAUAUAGUAGCAAUGUUUUCGCACAGUGCGGUGUUGAUCCUGGCCGUGGCAGCAGCGGCGUGCCAUGGCAUUGAGGUGAUCGAGAGCGUCUACAAAGGAGAAAAGUACGAAAGCGAAGCGAGCAGACUCGAGAAUUUACCUUAUUCCUCCUCCCACAUCGCCUCCGCCUUCGCUUCCGACAGCGGAGACCUGCAGGCGCGAAAGAUGCCGGAUGAGGAAGGUCGCAACUUCCCGUAUUCCGGCCUGAUGCAGCAGCUCGGCGAGGCGCUCAACAACCUGGUCAGCGGCCACCUGGGUCAAGGCGGGAGGCGAGACGAAGGCCGCGAUCUUGACCUGCAGGAGGAAGGCAAACAGGAAGGCAAGGAGGACCUGCACUACCACUUCUACCCCCACAACCAGCACUUGUUCAACCUCCCUGAGUGCGCCACACAACAGGUGUGCAACGCAGUGUACAAGCGACUGAACUUCACCCAGCCCCUGUGUGCGUGUCCCUCCGGCAGCGACCCGUGCAGCGCCUCCUUCAGAGCUGACGACCGCAGAUCCAUCGAGCUAAGGAUGGGCGCCCCUCAGUCCCAGGCUGUGACUCUGAUCAAGACCUGCGAGCCCAUCUGGAGCGUGCGCGAGUGCAAGAGCCCGAGAGACUGGUCCAUCCUGGCCCUGCAGAACACCCGCACAGGGAAGGCGCACUACCUCGUCAUCUGCAAGUGCCCGGACAGCGCACGACUUGACGGACCUCUUAACCACGACCAGCCUGCAUACGCCCAGGUUCCAGGCAUCCGCGUCUAUGGCAUGAUGUGUAUUCGCAGCAGUUUCCGCCGCGCUGGCCGUGUGGCGAGAGACACCAGGUUGGCCUUCCCUUGGGGCAGAGUGUCCGAAGCCCUGAAAGACGAGAAGAUUCUCCAGGACCUCUUAGCUGACGCCCCUUAUGACCACGCCCCCAUCUUCUAGACUCAAUCCUACCAGCCACGUCCACGCCCACGUCUCCUGCAAGAGCUGUGGGCGCGGCAACAUCUCGGACCAUUUCGUCAAGGCGGACAUGCAGGCGUGUCCUUUAGUCAUGAUUUUUUUUUUCUUCACGCGGGAUUCUUUGGUGUGACGGACGUGUGGCUUCCAGGACUCGGCGCUGAGGAGGUCAUUCCCUUGACCUUUUUUCCGGCGAGAUCGAGUCCUUGAAAGGUCAUUCUUAAAGAGAUUGUCUCCCUGACCUUGCCUCGAAAGGGGUGGCGAGGGGUCAGCCGUAUUUCGUUCAUUGGGGGAAACGGAGGGAAAACUUUAUUAUUUAGUUGUUGAUCUAUUGACAAUUGAGAAAAAGUUAUGUGUUGUAUUUCUAUUCUAGUAUUUCCUAUUAUAGAAUUAUUAUCCAUACAUCUCUGCAGUCUUUGUAAAUUAUAAAACAAAUACAAAUAAUAUAUUAUAUUUCCUUUUUUUGUAAAAAAAAAAAUAUGCUUUUAAUGUCAUCUCAUGUGUUAUAGCCCUGUCUUGUAAAUUAAGAGGAAUUUCCCAUCACCUAUAACUGCAAACUAAUUGAAAUAUUUAUAUAUUUAUCUGAUCAUCAGCCGAAUAACACAUUUAAAAAUAAUGACAUUAUGUUUUCGAUCUUCUCGUCGAGCCUGUGAGCUCAACCCUAAUUUAUCUGUGAUGCAAUAUUUUUUUGGUCUUGUAGCCCUUUUGUUGUUUUUAAUAAUAUUUAAUGUGUACAAUAUAUUCAUAGUACUUUAUAUACACGCAAACUAAUAAAAAAACACAGACACAGACAUUAACAUACAUGUAGAAGUAGUUGUUGUGGUAUUUCUGUCCAUAUGCAAUUGUACUGUACAUAAAUGAACGGCGAAUGUUACUGUGUUAUAAUGCACUGAUGUUGAACAACUGGAAUAUCUCAUAAUAUCUCGUUAUCUUUCAGCCUUAUCAUGCAUCGCCAAAUGUACAAAGUUGACUGAGUAAAUGUAGUUAAA